UUUUUUUUUUCUUUUGUUCAUGUUUCGAAACAAGAUCUUUAUUACCAGUAAACCCACUGGCUGUACAUUAGCAUUUGUUAAAGAUAUCUUCAAGACUUCAAACACGACUUUUCCACAAGCACUCGUGGAUACUCGUUUAAAAGAGACCAAGGGUGAUCUUGUAGGUAUCUGUAUUCCUUACCAGAUUGACACCAAAUAUUAUACUGCCAAAGUGGAUUUUUGGAUUGAUGAAAUUGAUACAGCAUCAGAACAAGAAACUAUCAAAGCUUAUUGUGAAAAGGAAACAGAGAUAAGCAAAGUGAUUGAUGCUUUCGUGUUCAUGUUUGAUAAAAAUGAGCCUUCUAGUUUUGAUACAUUAAAGGCAUGGGCACCUUUUUUAGAGCAAGCCAAUCCUUCCAUUCGUAUGUGUAUCGGUACUACAUCCACAACACCCCUCAGUAACGAAAAAGAUGCUGAAAUUAAUGAUUGGUGUAUUUCCAAUCAAUUUGAUUAUGUGGAUAUGGAUGAAACAGCAGAAACACCUUUAGAUAAAGUAGGCAAUGAUCUUGCUCUAGACAUCAUUCAGACCAACUUGUGGGAUGGCAUGAAAAAGAAACACAUGGAAGGUGCUGAAGAAGAAGAAGAGUUGUUAAAGGAGAUUCAAGAAUUAAGUUUACAACGCAAUAAGGAUAUCCUUGAUGAAGACGAUGAUUUUUCAGAUAUGCCUUCACAAAAUGAAAUUGACAAAAUGAGAGAUGAAUUGUUUGGUGAUAUUGAUGGUGAAGAUGGCCUAGACAAAGCAUUUGAAGCUAUUCAAGCCAUGCGAGAACAAGGCAAGCAUUUAUCAGAUGAAGAAAGACGUAAAAUGGCAGCCAAGGUUGCACUCUCGUUUGCAGCACAACUUGGCCUCUAAAAUUAAAUGAAUUUAAACCCAACAUUUCAUUUAAAAAAAAAAUGUAACAAUUUCCCCU